AUGGAGAUAGCGCAAUCACUUAUAAACUUCACUGAUAUGUUUUAUGCACUAAUAUUAGAAGAAACUCACGUUCAUUUGGAAAAUAGUUUUGUUUCCCCAUUCAGUAUUUAUACUGCUCUUGGAAUGGUUCUUGCUGGAUGUGAAGGAAAUACAAAAGCUGAAAUGGUGAGGGCGAUGCAGUUAUCCAACCACUCGGACCUCGACACAAUUCACAAAGGAAUCAGUGAAAUGUUGUCGAAGUGUUCUGAAGCUGACAAAGGUGUUGAAAUAACUCUUGGGAAUAGAUUAUUCGCAAGAAAGAAUGUGGACAUUAAGAAGCAUUUCAGUAACACUCUUGAGAAAUAUUACAACGCAUUGGUGGAGGGUGUGUUAUUUCAAACAGAUCCAGAAAGUGCUGAAACACGAAUCAACCAGUGGGUUAGCGAACAGACAGAUGGGAAAAUUCAACAACUCAUUCCCCUCAAAUCCUUAACGAUCAAUACGUUGGCUGUCGUGAUAUCAACUUCAUACUUCCGAGGUUUGUGGAAUGAACGUUUCCUGCCGGAGGCAUCAGCUGACAGUGACUUCUAUACAUUGGACGGAUUGACAAUCCACGUGAGGUUGAUGUAUAACGAGUCUUAUUUCAAAAUGACUAGUUUGCCUGAUUUGAUGGCACAAGCAGUAAAGAUACCGUUCAAAGAUCCUAAGUAUUCGUUAUUGAUUAUUCUUCCAAAUGAACUGAAUGGAUUACCGAACCUAUUGAAGUUGUUGUACAAAACUGGAGGAAUUUCUUCAGUACUCUCCAGUAAUUUCGAGAAUACAAACUUACAGUUUUACUUACCUAAAUUUAAACUGACAGAAGGAAGUGAUGUGAGUUUAAAAGGUGUUUUGCAGAAAAUGGGAAUAAACGACGCAUUCAUUCCAGGAUCAGCGGACUUUUCGAACAUCACUGACAGUGAUGGAACGUAUAUAUCAGAUGUUUUGCAUAAGGCUAUACUUGAAGUGGAUGAAGAAGGUGUAAUAGCAGCUGCAUCCACAAGCAUUGAAGUCUGUGAUGAAGAUGAUGAAGAUGUGCCGGAAUUCCGUGUUGACCAUCCGUUUAUUGUGUCUGUUGUAUGGAAUGAUACUGUACCAGUAUUUCUGGGACACAUUACAGCUCCAACGAAUGAUUGACCAGUUGUACGUAGAAUGUCAGAUACUCUCUGAGAAAUAAUCAAUUUUCUGCUUUCUCAAAUUUUGUCAGACCAGAUGUUUAAGAGUUCACUGUUUGUCUGACUAAAAUUAAGAAUAAAAUUAUUUAUUUAUGUGUGGUGAUCAACCAUUUUGUAAACUGAUCAUUACUCUUUGUGAAACUUAUUUUUACGCUUGCUCACUUCUUUGAAGGUAAUUUCACUUGUGACCACCUUACUUUAUUGAAUAUGAAACACCAAAGUGUACACCUUUACAAAUAAUAAAUAAAGAGAUACAAUGC